UGACUACAUUUUUCAUCAUGGCCGGUGGCGUGGCGGCGGUGAUUGUUCGGUGACGUCCUAGCUUUCAAAGUAUUGCAUUGGGGUAAAGCUGCCUUGAUGUGAGCGAAAUCUUUCUUUGAUUCUAAGAGAAAUGAUUAGGAAGGAAGCAAUGAAAUGUUUAUAGGCUUGCUGACUAGGAGGUGUUUGUAGAAAUGCCACUCAGGUAUAAUAGUUUGUUUAUUUUUUUGACAUUAUUUCAGUUUAUUUUCUCCGCUUGAGAUCUUCCUUCCUUCAUUUAUUUUGUCAUGUUUAGUUUUCAGUGUGUCACUUUGCAACUGAUUUGAUCUCUUUUUCUGUCUUACGCUUCUUUUCCAGCUUCUAAAAUUUGGUGGGCAUAAAAAUCUUGUUAGGCUAGCACCUUUCUCUCCAAAUCACUGAUGGCUUUUUUAUUUCAGAAAUUUCAAGAGGCUGUGAGAACCCUCACAAAAAAUCCCAUAUUUUCUAGGGAUCCUCAACAACUACAAUUUGAAGCGGACAUUAACUGUUUGUUUCUUUAUACAAGCUACAAACUGUUGGGGGAGAAUGCUAAUGAAGCAGACGCGGAAGAGAUUAUUAAAAUGGCUAGUAAAGCCUCUUUUGUCGAUCAACGGAGGCAAGUACAAGAAAAUGUUCACUCUCAAAUCAAAGCAUUUUGCACAUGCAUGAACGAGAUUCUUGUUUCAAAAGAAAAGAUGGUGAAUGGCCGCUUAGAAUUAUCUCAACAAGCAAACAGUCCACGUCUCCGUGGUGGGCAUAGUUCUGCUAAAGCUGCCUCUAAACAAAGACCAUUAAGCCAAUCUGAAGUCUCUCAGAAGUUAAAGGAUCAACUUGGUUAUACACUUAAUGUCAAACCUUCUCUAAUACCUCACAAGGAUUCUGGCAAAGGUCUAUUUUUAGAUGGUGCAGUUGAUGUUGGUGCUGUACUAGCCUUUUAUCCUGGUGUGAUCUAUUCCCCAUCUUACUAUAAUCAAAUUCCUGGAUACCUUGAUGAGCAGAACUCGUACUUGAUUACAAGAUAUGACGGGACUGUCAUUGAUGCCCAACCUUGGGGUUGUGGCGGUGAUGGACCAGAGCGAUUCAACGGUAGAAAAAUGUUAGAAAACAAACUAGUUAAUGAAGGAGCUCAUAAGGGUUCGGACAGAAUGAGUAAACCUUUGGAAGGCUCCCAGAUAGAUGAUGAUGUAGUUGAGCGUAGAAAUCCAUUAGCCUUGGCUCAUUUUGCUAACCACCCUCCGAAAGGGAUUCUUCCUAAUGUCAUGAUCUGCCCUUAUGACUUUCCAUUGACUGAAAAACACAUGAGGAUUUACAUACCAAACAUAUUAUUUGGAAAUGAAGAAGUAAAUCUGAAGAGAUUUGGCAGCUCUUGGCUCAAAUCUGUAGUUUCAAAAAACAGUGAAUCAGAUGUUCCUACCCUCAAAGCUGUUGUUCUGGUAGCAACUAGGACUCUUCAAGAUGAAGAACUCCUUUUGAACUACAGGUUGAGCAACUCUAAGCAGUGGCCAGAAUGGUAUGCUCCAGUGGAUGAAGAAGAAAGAGGACAUGAAUCUGAAAGAUGAAAGUGGCCAAUGAUCGACAGAACACCUUUCGAUAUCAUCUCAGAAUGAUGCCCUAGGUUUAGGUUUAGGGUUCUAUCUUUGGUCACGCGUAUUAGUCUUUAGGCUUAAAUGCUUCCUUCGUACUCAUGUUAAGAGGUGAAUUUCUGUUUAGUAUCCGGUUUUAAAAAUGAAGACAUUGGGUUCCUAUAUUACGAAAAGUGUAUAAAUAAGGUCAUGUCCGUUAAGUUAGACAGCAACGGCGUUAAGUCCAUGCUGAUGUGGCCGUACUUUUUCUCUUCUCUCUUCUGCUUGUUCUCUCUCUUGUUCAACUUUUUCUUGAUGGAAUUGUUGAACUUGUUAUUUCUUGUGUAGACUUAUUCAUAUAUUUUUCAUAACAUAGGGACCCAAUGUCUUCAUUUUUAAAAUCGGAUACUAAACAGAAAUUCA